AUGGAUUCCGACUUGAGAAGCUCGCUACAUGGCAAAGAUUUCGCUCACGCCACUGAUGCGAUUCAGAAGAUGAUAUGGAAGACGGAUAAGGGGGAUGAGACGUCUGCCAGGAUCCUUGCCAUCAUUUUCGAGUAUGCUCUCGACAAGAUUGACAAUUUCAAGUACCGGCAUGCUGCCGGUAUGACCAAGUUCUUGUCCGUCAUCAACGGGUUCGUCACAGCAGAUAAGCCGAUUGAUAUGUGUCUCCCGGCAUUUCCGUUCAAGUCGGCCAAUAAAGCGUACAAAGUCCUCGGCUUCCUGCCAGACAAGGCUGAGGAGCUAGCCCUCCAGCGGCUUAACACCAUAUGUCUACGGAUACGAGAUAUAUAUAGUCCAGGUGCCAGGAUCACUAUUAUUUCAGACGGUCUGGUCUACAACGAUCGCGAUACGUGGGCCUACGGCGAGGCUCUACGGGCUAUGGCUGUCAAGAAAGGCUUUGGCCGGAUUAACUUCUCCUGCCUCAAAGAGCUACUUCAAUUUCCCCUUCCUGAGCAGACGAGCGAGAUUGUCUACGUUGCCAAUGCGACCAACCUUCGCCGGUAUCUUUUAAAUAAAUAUGGCAAAGAGGACCUUGACAUCGACUACGAGAUUGCCACACAGCCUGAUACCCUGAUGACCUAUUGUGGUUACAGGAGGUUUCUUGAAUCGGACUUGCAACACAUCUUUCCAACCGGCAAGAAUAGGUCUCACAACAGCUUUAAGCGAGAAAUCAAGUUCCUCGCCAAGGAAAUGAUGAUCCGCGGAUAUGUGCGUUCUCUACUGUUUGGGGCUGUGAAAGCCGCCUUGUUAGCGUACCGUACCUCUGAUGCAGAACAGGCUUUCGCUGGCGCUAUCAAGGCUGCUUUCCCCAACCAUCUCCGCCUGUCUAUCCAUCAUUCCACAGGCGAGAAUAAGGUGUCUUUGAGUUUGCUACACACCGAGACGGGCUAUACGACGCCGUGGCACUGCUGCGUGGCGCUCAUGACGAGUGGAGAGUGGCUGAGCGCCCCUAUUGGCACGUUCAAAGAUGAUCCACGGUUUGAUGUUGUUUAUGAGGAUGAACGGCCUAGCUAUUUCCGUGAGAAGCUGAGUCGGAACGAGGAUAGAAAGUAA